AUGGCGGGCAGACAGCCAAUUCUAAACUUCCUCCCCUUCAUCUUCUCCCUCAUAUCUUUCAUUCUGAUUCUUCUCGUUAUACUUGCUGGUACCAACAAUCUACUCACAAACUUGUACUACUUGAGGACCGAUACGGCCAAUCUGAUAGUACCAGCCAAACUCUCGAACUCGACCUUCUUGCGCGAUAUCUCUACCGUAAGCGGAACGGACCUUGUCGGCAGAGAUGCGAGCGCAACAUCACUCGGCCUCGCGAACACCUAUACACUGCAUUUAUUGACGUCCUGUGCGAAAACUGGCAGCAAGGUCGACUGUGCACCUCCGCAUAUAGGCUUCAAAUUUGAUCCCAGGGUCGAUCUCAGGCUGGACAGCACCGCACUCGUUGGAUCCUUCGACGGCGACUACACGAGUGCUCUCCGUAGCUAUGCAAAUGUCUCCCGUUUCCUCGCUGGGGCAUACAUUCUAUCCGCCGCACUUGCCGCCUUUGCUCCGGUUGUGGCACUUUUCAGCGCCCGCUUCCCUAAAGCUGGCAUCUUGGGAGCUGUGAAUUCUCUUGGUGCAACCCUAUUCCUUCUAGCAGGAAACAUUGCAGCUAUGGUCACUUUCAAGAAGCUCGAUUCUGCAUUCAACAAGGCGUUCAGUGACUCCGGCCUCAAAUCUUCGACAGGCAGCACCUUGACUGCUCUGUCGUGGGUUGCCUUUGUAUUCUCGUUGCUCACCACCACCGUUUUCUUCAUCCGAGCCCGUGGCGCCUCUUCAGCCCACCGGGGCCGGCGCGCUGUAAGGUCAAUUGAUCCGAAUGGAAAACCUGGUGGUGCUCUCGUGACGGGGGCUGGUCCUAUCGAAGGUGCAUAUGCAGAAGGAGGCGCAUUAGGCGCCGUCGGCAACGAUCCUUAUGUGAAGAAGCCCGGUUUCUUUGGGAGAAUUCCGACCUGGAACAAGCACAAUUACGUCCAGGUUGAAAAGCACCCCGCUCUGGUUCGAACAGAUGUCGGUGGCCGUGAAGAGGCCGUUGUGGUCGAAUCCCCAGAUGACGCUCGAAGGCGUUUGGACGACGAUUGGAACGCCGAAGAUGAUUUUGCCGGGGAAAGGACGGGAAGGGGAAUUGCAAUGAGGAAUCUACCUGUUGGAAACAAGAAAACAAGAGACAUGAAUACGGCAUAUGAGCCUUAUAGUAAUGCGAUAUGA